UAUUCUGGCAUAUUUUUUAAAUUGACUAUAAACAAUACUAUUUUAAAAUAUAACCAGUUUAAAAAUAUUAUAGAAAAUUAAAAAUAAAAGUAAUAAAAAAGUAGUGGUCAAUUUGUGACGUAAAUAGCAUUUUCAUCAUGGCAGCCAUUAGGCCUAAAUUAAACUAAAUUUGUUUUGAUAACAACAACUCACAUUGAAUGCUGAAUCAGUGAAUCACUCGUCACGAUUCUCAAGCUGCCAGUCGUCCCACUGGUUUGUCAUCAAUAUUAAUUUAAAAUAUAAAAAAAUAGUUCUAGGCCUGUAUUAUUUUCCACAGGUGAGUUUUCACCUUCUCACAAACCAUGGGAGACCCCAACAAUCCCAAGCCACUUUUAAAACCAGGCAAAGACAAAGGUGUUUUUGAUGUGGCAAUAACCAAGUUGCUCAAAGAUUUUACCAGUGCUGAACUCUUACCUCAGGAAGCAGAGCCUUCAUCUUCUGAUGACAAUAAAAACUCUAAAUUUGAUCAUGUCAUUUCUUCAAUGAAAUGCUUACAUCUGCGCAAACCAAAGCUGGCCAGGUAUCAAAGGCAGUGUGUUGUGAGAAAGAAAGGCUUAUCAAACACCUUAAACUUAGCUGUUGCAGCUAACAGCGUCCAAAGGCCCAUUGUUUGGCCCGCUAGACUUAGCUCGCAGGAUAGGAAAUCAAGCUCUGCUGUACUCUACCCACCUCGCCUAGACAUUGCAGGUACCAAGUCUGCCUUAACUUGUACACAUCAGACCAAACUAGCUGAGAAAAGUUUGACCAAAGAACCAAAGUCAGAGCAGAAAAUAUUUGGCAGCUGUCAAUCAUCACUCUUGUCCUUCACCAGCCUGUCUGAAUCCAGGGCUGAGAAGUGCCAGGAGAAGGGAGAUAACUCUCCUGCUGGUGCUUGCUCCAACUUGCUGACCAAGCGCCACACAACAGGACCACUCCCACCAGCUAAACAUGCCAGAACAAGCUGUAAUAGAACUGACACCUCUCCACAGAGGUUCUCAGGGUAUAGGAGCUCCUCCUCCAGUACCACAACCACCUCUUCACAGAACUUCUCAGGGUACAGAAGCUCCUCACCUGGUACCACUGCUGCACCAGAUGGCCUGGAAAGUUUGUCAGCCCUGUCUGCCCAAUUGACUGCCAUACAAAGCAGCCAGCCUGAUGGUGCCUUUAGCCGCUCAUGUUCUCAGGAGAUGAGAAUGGAAGAAACUAACGUCAACGAACUGGCCAGCUAUUUAGAAGAUUUCUUGCAUAUUCCUCGUAAAAUGUCAUCAAUGGCAGAGAUGAUGUAUGCCUGAGUUGUGCAGCUAGAUGUUGGGGGGGAAAAAAAAACAAGCAAAUAAUGAUUACUUAAAACUUUUACUAUUUAUUUUUUGAUUGAUUUAAAAAUAGUCCAAUUGUACGGACUUGACAUGUUAGAAAAUCUUGUCCAUAUUUGUUCAUGAUAGUUUUUUUUUUACUCUUGUUAUAUAAAACGUGAAUAUUGGCCAGUAAUUUCUUUAUAAUUUAUAAUCAUGUUUAUUAUUAGGGUUGCAGAUACUUGAGUCCAGAGAAAUUUUUAGGUGUCAGCCUCAAUACAUAUAUGUAAAUCUUUUUGUAAUUUUGUGCUAGGGGAAAAUGUAUUUUCAAUGUCUGGUUUACUGAAAAUAUUGGUAAGUAUGAAAUGACAGAAUAAUCUGAAUUUGGCCAACUUUGGCAUGGACUUCAUCUAAACAAAAUGUAUGACACUUGGAGUAAGAGGGGAGGGGGGGGGGGGGGGGCACUAGUUGUCUACAGAUUUUUUUUUACCUGCUCUGCAGCCCCUUUAUUUUGUUGACUUCAGCAUUUACUAAAUAACAGUGUCUUUGUUACUUUUGCUCAUUAAAGAUUUUUGGGUUAGCAACUCUCAACAAAUUUGUUUUGUAUGGUACAAGAAGUACACACAUUCAUCCUGCUAUGGUGUACAAGUCACGGUCACACAUAUAUGUCAGUAUCCCUGAACAGUGUACAAGUCACGGUCACACAUGUAUGUCAGUAUCCCUGAACUGUGUACAAGUCACGGUCACACAUGUAUGUCAGUAUCCCUGAACUGUGUACAAGUAACGGUCACACAUAUAUGUCAGUAUCCCUGAACUGUGUACAUGUCACGGUCACACAAAUAUGUCAGUAUCCCUGAACUGUGUACAAGUCAUGGUCACACAUGUAUGUCAGUAUCCCUGAACAGUGUACAAGUCACGGUCACACAUGUAUGUCAGUAUCCCUGAAAAGUGUACAAGUCACGGUCACACAUGGAUGUCAGUAUCCCUGAACUGUGUACAUGUCACGGUCACACAUGUAUGUCAGUAUCCCUGAACUGUGUACAAGUAACGGUCACACAUGUAUGUCAGUAUCCCUGAACUGUGUACAAGUCAUGGUCACACAUGUAUGUCAGUAUCCCUGAACUGUGUACAAGUCAUGGUCACACAUGUAUGUCAGUAUCCCUGAAAAGUGUACAAGUCACGGUCACACAUGUAUGUCAGUAUCCCUGAACUGUGUACAAGUCAUGGUCACACAUGUAUGUCAGUAUCCCUGAACAGUGUACAAGUCACGGUCACACAUGUAUGUCAGUAUCCCUGAAAAGUGUACAAGUCACGGUCACACAUGGAUGUCAGUAUCCCUGAACUGUGUACAUGUCACGGUCACACAUGUAUGUCAGUAUCCCUGAACUGUGUACAAGUAACGGUCACACAUGUAUGUCAGUAUCCCUGAACUGUGUACAAGUCAUGGUCACACAUGUAUGUCAGUAUCCCUGAACUGUGUACAAGUCAUGGUCACACAUGUAUGUCAGUAUCCCUGAAAAGUGUACAAGUCACGGUCACACAUGUAUGUCAGUAUCCCUGAACUGUGUACAAGUCACGGUCACACAUGUAUGUCAGUAUCCCUGAACUGUGUACAUGUCACGGUCACACAUGUAUGUCAGUAUCCCUGAACUGUGUACAAGAAACUUUCAUUUAUCCCUGACCAUAAGAACACAUUCAUAUAUCCCUGUUUGGCGUACAUGUUUACUCUUGUAUACCUGUAUGAUGUACACGUCAAGUACACAUUCACGUAUCCCUGUGUGGUGUACAAGUCAAGUUUACUCUUGUAUACCUGUAUGAUGUACACGUCAAGUACACAUUCACUUAUCCCUGUGUGGUGUACAAGUCAACUCUUGUAUACCUGUAUGAUGUACAUACACAUUUAAUUCUGCCUGUGUGGUGCACAAGAAACAAUGCAUGUAACUCUGUUAGUAAAAAGAAAUAAAAUCCUUAUUGAGUGAAUCA